GUGUGCAGUGUCAAGUCACGCGUUUUGAUUUGCCGGGAGAUGGAUAGUUUGGAAGCCCGCUAAUAAUUUUGGCAUGAAAUUUUGAAACCCCACCAAAUCAGCCCGCUCUCAACCAAAUCUGCCCCAAUUUGCAAAUUCGAUUUCGCAGUAAACCUCCCCUUCUCUUCCUUUCUCUCUCUUACUCCCCACUCAAAACCCCCCAAACCAAUACACACUCUCUCUCAAACGACAGCUCUCAUCACCAAGAGUCCAUGCAUCAUCACUGCCACCGAUCUCUAGGGUUCCGGCGACUCCAAACCUAGCCUUUUACUCACCCUCACACACACGCUCUCUAUCUCUCUACAUACACACGCUCUCUCUCUCUCUCUAUCUCUCUGUUUACUACUCCUAUUGUUGUUGGUUUCCAUGGCGUCCAAAACCCUAGAAGAGAAGAAUCAAGAAGACACAGCUAAUGUCGAAGACAAAGGUGAAGUGAAAGAAGAAGAUAAAGCAGAAGAGGACCCAGAAGAAGAAGAAGCAAAAGAAGAAGAAGCAGAGGAAGAACAACCAGAAGAAGAUACGGAAAUGGCAGAGGAGGCUUCUCAAGAAAAGGAGGAAUCUGAAGAGAAAGGUGAAGAAAACAAGAAACCCAAGAGAGGUCGAAAGGCAGGCUCCAAGCAAGGAGAGAAAGGUUCGAAGAAAGCAGCAAAAGAAUCCACCAAGAAGAAGAAAGCUGAAAUUGGUUCAACCUCGAAAGAGCCGGCUACGCCCAGUGAUAGGCCGAUCAGGGAGAGGAAGACGGUGGAACGGUAUUCGGAACCGUCAACGGGGAGAGCUUCUGCGAGCAAAGGGUUGUCAAUUGAGAAGGGUCAAGGCACGCAGCUUAAGGAUAUUCCCAAUGUGGCUUUCAAGCUGUCCAAGAGAAAACCUGAUGACAACCUUCAGAAUCUUCACAUGAUCCUUUUUGGAAAGAAAACAAAGGCAUAUAGUCUGAAGAGAAAUAUAGGCCAGUUUUCUGGCUAUGUCUGGGUUGAAAAUCAGGAGGAAAAACAGAGGACAAAAGUUAAGGAGAAACUUGACAAAUGUUUUAAAGAAAAAUUGUUGGAUUUUUGUGAUAUCCUCAAUAUUCCAGUAAACAAAACCAGUACAAAGAAGGAAGAAAUUUCAGUAAAAUUACUGGAGUUCUUGGAAUCUCCUCAAGCUACAACUGACACUUUGCUUGCUGACACGGACAAGAAAGUUAAAAAGCAAAAGGGAAAGGCCAUAUCAAGCAAAACCGCAUCAUCUGCAAAAACACCCAGCAAGAAACAAAAGCAAACCUCUAAAGUUGGAGAGAAGCGCAAGCAUUCAUCUGAGGUCGAGGGAGAAGAUGAAGUUGAUGAUGCAGAUGAGCCUAUAGCUACCAAAGAAGAUUCUCAAGAUGAUGAAGAUAUCGAUACUGAUCCAAAAUUAGAGAGUGAUCAGGAGGAGAGUAAAUCAGAGGAAGAGGAAUCUGAACCAGAGGAGAAAAUGCCAAGUGAAAAGAAGUCCAGGAAGAAUGUUAAGAAGGAUUCAGGGGCUAAAACUAGCACCAAAUCUAAAUCAGCCAAAAAAGAUACCCCUGCAAAAUCCGCCAAAAUGCCUUCAAAAUCUACCAAAAAAGAUUCUGGCUCAACUGUGAAAAAGAGCGUUGCCGGUGUCGAUGGACCAUCUGGCUCAACUUCUAAACCCAAGGGGUCAGUAACUAAAAAGCAAAAGGUCGAAAAGGAAAGCAAGGAACAUAGUGUUUCGACUAAGGAGAAAGCAACAAGCAAGAAAAAAUCAAGCAAGUCUACCUCAGAAGCUGUGGCAAAGGAUCAAGGAAAAGGAAAAGCUAGCAAGAAGGCUAAGCCUGAACCCAGCAAAGAAGAGAUACAUGCCGUAGUUGUAGAUAUUCUGAAGCAAGUGGACUUCAAUACUGCAACUUUAUCUGAUAUCCUCAGGCAACUGGGCACCCACUUUGGUCUGGAUUUAUUCCACAGAAAAGCUGAGGUCAAGGGUAUAAUUACGGAUGUGAUAAAUAGCAUGACUGAUGAGGAAGAAGGUGGGGAAGAAGAAGAAGAAGAAGAAGAGGAAGAAGAGGCUGGUGAUGAUGAGGAGAAAGAUGGAGAUGGAGGCAGUGAUGCUUAGCUCGCUGAGGCGGAUUUGGAAAUCUCAGAUGACCCUUCUGUAUUUGUAGUGAAUGUAGUGCAACUUGCCGAGGGAGUUCAUCUUUGUACAGGGGCUUCAUCCAAUUUAUAUAGAUGAUAACAUAUGACCUUCCCAGAUGAAGGCCCCAAGCUGAUUUUGUUUGUACCAUAGACAUUAACUCUUUAGGUAGUUUCUAAAUUUCACCCCCUUAGUUUUUAGUAUUUCUUUUCUUGUAGUUGUACUUAGUUUGAUUUCCCUGUUGUAACUGCUUGAAAUUUUUCUGGAAGUGAUAUGAAGCUAUUUGUCAAGUGUAAA